GAAGCUGAAGCGCCAGUUUGUCACAUGGUUUGUCAGCUGUUUGUCACGUGCUUCUGUUUGUGGGACAAUUAAAUGCCCACCACUGCGCUGCUCAGAUCAUUAUGUGUUAGAAGCCGUGGCGUGCGCUUUCUGGCCAUUAUGACUAGCCAGACUGCACACAACGUUUUUGUGUACGGAACCCUGAAGACAGGCGAGCCCAACAACUCCGUUAUGAAGGACUCGAAGAACGGGAAGGCCAUUCUGAUCGGUACAGCGGUGACCGUUAAGAAGUGGCCGCUUGUCAUAGCGUCCUCAUAUAAUAUACCCUAUCUGCUGCACUGCGAGGGAAAGGGACAUAGUAUAUCGGGGGAGCUCUACAGCAUCGACGACAAAAUGCUGGCAACGCUGGAUGACUUUGAGUCUCAUCCCAAGUACUAUGUCCGGUCUGAAGAAGACAUUGAACUUCUUACAAGCCAAAUGAAUGAUGAGAAGACAAAAAAGAAGCUCAAGGCAUGGAUUUACUUCCUGAAGGACUACCGAGAAGAGCUGUUACAGAGGCCUUACCUAGCCAGCUAUUCAUCCAAGGGAGACCAUGGACUUGAGUAUGUGCCGAGGUACUUAAGACAAGCCAAGGAUCCCAAAAAUUUACACAGGCAGGAGGUUCUUCUCAAAGGGGAAAUUUCAUUCAAUAAGCAGUGAGGAGACCAGCUGUACAGAUGACAUUUACUAAUGAGCCACCACGGGAACAAAAAUUGUCUUGCCACGCCUGGUGAAAUGGCUUGACAUGUCAAAACAUUUUUCUUUAUUGUUAUAACCUCCGUGUAUAUGUUGAAGGCUGCUGUAUCUUUACUAAAAAAUAUAUAUUUUGCAAUGUUAA